AUGGGACAUUCUCUGAUUCUAGCAUCUAUCCAUAUUUUAACAAUUUUAUUAUUUGGCAUUCAAUCUGAUGCAUACGCUUUCAUUCCAACAACUAAUGAAGUGGUGGCUUUAUGUUGUUCUAAGGAAUACGCUGAAUGCUGCACAGAGUCAGUCAAUUUUGCGAAACCACUUCGUUGCGACGGCAUGAAAUUGGGGGCGAGGAUUAAUGUAACUUUAUGCAUCCAGAAGGAACUGCACGGAGAAUAUCAGCCAAUGCUUAAUCUCACUGAUACAGUAUGUUGCGAUGUAUUUGCUGAUGAUGAUAACGAUGAGAAAGAAUACUGCCUUACAGAAUGCAUUACAGUAAUGCAGAUACCUGCCCUUAGGAAUGACAGAAAACUGAAAAGAAUCAAAGAAUGCAGAAGAACAAAUCCACUAUAUAAAUGUUUCAAUCGAUGUUUGCAAUGGCUGCACAGCAGGACUGAAGAUGAAGCAUUCGAUUUCGAGCAAGAAUGCUCCAUUAAAUUUAAAAUGUUGCCGGGGAAAGUAUACAUUGGUCCCGAAAUUAAAUAA